CCUUGCGACUCCGGGCCACGUGGAGGACGCAGUCACAGUGGCGCAUGCGCUCUCCAGCUCUCUCGCCGCGCAUGUCGCGCCGGGGACUGUGGUAGAACAUUGUCAUUCUGACCUGGGACCACGGAGCGUCUGGCAGAAAUGUCUAAUGCAAAAGAAAGGAAACAUGCUAAGAAAAUGAGAAACCAGCCCACCAAUGUGACUUUAUCCUCUGGCUUUGUGGCUGACAGUGGUGUAAAGUACCAUAAUGGAGGUAGAAAACCUUUCCAGUCUCAAAAAGAGCCUCAUUCUGGACCUUCACGACAGCGGCAAACCAAAACGAGCCACCAUUCACUGGCUGAGUCUGAUGCGAAGGAGCAGUCUUCCUCCAGGGUAACCUUUAAAAAAAAGGGAGGAUGGAAAGCAGGUCCCGAGGGCACUUCUCAGGAGAUUCCCAAGUAUAUAACCGCUUCUACUUUUGCUCAAGCUCGAGCUGCUGAAAUCAGUGCCAUGUUGAAAGCAGUGGCCCAGAAAUCUUCUAAUUCACUGGUUUUCCAGACACUGCCACGGCACAUGAGACGAAGAGCCAUGAGUCACAAUGUCAAACGCCUUCCUCGACGGUUACAGGAGAUUGCCCAGAAAGAGGCAGAGAAAGCGGUUCAUCAGAAAAAAGAACACUCAAAAAAUAAGUGCCAUAAAGCUCGGCGAUGUCACAUAAACCGGAUGCUAGAAUUUAACCGGAGACAAAAGAAGAACAAAUGGCUAGAAACUCACAUCUGGCACGCGAAGCGGUUUCACAUGGUCAAGAGGUGGGGCUACUGCCUGGGGGAGAGGCCAACAGUCAAGAGCCACAGAGCCUGCUAUCGAGCCAUGACGAGCCGCUGCCUCCUUCAGGAUUUAUCCUACUACUGUUGUUUGGAGUUGAAGGGCAAAGAGGAAGAAAUACUGAAGGCACUUUCUCCAAUGUGUAGCGUAGACACAGGAUUGACUUUUGCAGCAGUUCACUGUUUGUCUGGAAAGCGCCAAGGUAGUCUCAUGCUUUACCGGGCAAAUAAAUAUCCUAGAGAAAUGCUGGGUCCUGUGACAUUUAUCUGGAAGGCUGAGAGGACCCCUGGUGACACUUCUGAGAGCAGGCACUUGUGGAUAUGGCUUCAUCCAAGUCUUAAACAGGAUAUCUUAGAGGAAAUAAAAGCAGUGUGCCAGUGUGUGGAACCCACCAAGUCGACUGUCUGCCUUCCUGAUCCCCUUCUGACACCAUCCCAAGAAAAAAGCCAAACUGACCUGCCCACAGAGAAAAUUGGCAAGAAAAGAAAAUGGAAAGAUGAUGAGGAAAAUACUAAACCAAUUAAAAAAGUCAUCGGUGAUGGAACUAGAGAUCCACUUCAGCCGUAUUCUUGGAUCUCUCCAACCACAGGCAUUGUAAUCAGUGAUUUGACGAUGGAGAUGAACAGAUUCCGGCUGAUUGGUCCACUUUCCCACUCCAUCCUAACUGAAGCACUCAAAGCUGCUUCUGUCCACACUGAGGGAGAGGACACAGAGAAGACACCUCACUGUUGGUGGAUUGAAACCUGCAGGAAUCCUGAUAGCGUUUCCCUUCAUCACAGACAGGAAACCAUCUUUGAAUUGUUGGGAGGAAUAACAUCACCAGCAGAAAUUCCAGCAGGUACUAUUCUGGGACUGACAGUUGGUGAUCCACGAAUAAAUUUGCCUCAAAAGAGGUCCAGAGUUUUGCCCAAUCCAGAAAAAUGCCAAGAUAAUGAGAAAGUUAGACAGCUGCUUCUGGAGGGUGUGCCUGUGGAGUGUUCGCAUAGCUUUCUUUGGAACCAAGAUAUCUGUAAGAGUGUCACAGAGAAUAAAAUCUCGGAUCAGGAUUUAAACCGGAAGAGGAGUGAAUUGCUGGUGCCCGGGUCACAGCUUUUUUUAGGUCCCCAUGAAUCCAAGGUUCCUAUACUUUUGAUUCAACAGCCAGGAAAAGUGACUGGUGAUGACCAGCGAGGCUGGGGAAGUGGCUGGGAUGUCCUCCUCCCAAAGGGCUGGGGCAUGGCUUUCUGGAUUCCAUUUAUCUAUCGAGGUGCAAGAGUUGGAGGAUUAAAAGAGACUGUAGUGCAUUCUCAGUAUAAAAGGUCACCUAAUGUCCCAGGUGAUUUCCCAGACUGCCCUGCUGGGAUUCUCUUUGCUGAAGAGCAAGCUAAGAAUCUUCUUGAAAAGUACAAAAGACAUCCUCCGGCAAAACGGCCCAACUACGUUAAGCUUGGCACCCUGGCACCUUUCUGCUGUCCCUGGGAGCAGUUAACUCGAGACUGGGAAUCAAGAGUCCAGGCCCAAGACGCAUCGUCUGCAGCUUCCUCUCCAGGUGGUGAGGAGAGUAGCCUGAGGAGAGAUGUGGUGCCUUGUGCUCCCAUGCCUGGAAGGACUCGACAGCUGUCUGAUGACGAGGGCACACCCCUAAACGACUCCAGCGAGCCCAAGGGAGUGAUGGACACAGAUGGUCCAGCCCGGCCGGGGACUGAGGGGGUAGUGGGCCAGGGUGCCACCGGCAGUCUCCUCUGUGUUCUGAGGAGUAGAAAAUUACUGAGGCAGCUGUCAGCCUGGUGUGGACCCAGUUCUGGGAACAGUCGGGCAGCCCCACGAGCUCCUGGCACAGGGCAGCAAGAAUUGAGCAGAGAGGCCUGCCUGUCCAUCCUGGACCGCUUCCCCAAGGCCCUGGUGUGGGUCAGGCUGUCCCUGCUGAGGAAGGGCAGCCCCGAGCCGCACACCAUGAUCUGUGUUCCAGCUGAGGAGGACCUCCUCCAGCUCAGCCAGGAUCGGCUGUACUGUGGGCCCCAGGAGCCCAAGCAUAGUGACCCAUUCAAGAGCCAGAUCCGGAAACAGAAGGAGAAGAAGAAACUAGAGAAGAGGCAGAAGCGAGGCUGUGCUGCAUCUGAGGGCCUGGCAGAGGGGGACUCUGCAGCUGGACAGCAGCCUCUGACCCUGGGCUUGUGGUCAGGCCCUCUCCCGGUUGUGACUUCUCACUGCUCCAGAGUUCUCCUUGGCUUUGUCACACAGGGAGAUUUUUCCAUGGCUGUCGGCUGUGGGGAAGCCCUGGGGUUUGUUAGUUUGACGGGCUUGCUGGAUAUGCUGUCCAGCCAGCCAGGAGUGGAGAGGGGUCUCGUGUUGCUGAGGCCACCUGCCUCUCUGCAGUAUCGAUUUGCGAGAAUCGUUAUUGAGGUGUGAGGUCGGUUUACAUCCUGGCACAGAUAAUAACUGUGUUUGCCAAGUCCCACAACUGGAGAGUUGUUUUUGCUGUCUUCCGUUUCAAUAUAUCAUGUUAAAUUCCUUGGAAAUGAGAAUUUAAAAAAUUAAUGUAUUUAUGCAAAUGGAUGAAAUGUUUACCUCAUUCCAGUAAUGUCCUUGAUUUCCAUCUUUCCCUGUCCUUGCUGUAAUACUUUAAAAUUUUUUGGCAUAUAUAGCCAAAAGCUUUCGUAUUUUGA